CGUCAGCCAGCACCGCGCCAAUAACCCAAUUGAAGCGCGCCGCGAUGCGAGCGGACUUUCUUCUCACGAGGCGAGGUGUGUUCGUGUCAUCCGCUAAUCUGCUCGUGGCGUGAUCAUCUACUACUCCAACUGCUCAGUCGUCCACUCGACCACGCUGCCCGUCAAAAGCAAGAGGAGAGGCAUGCAUGCAUGCAUCCACCAUCAUCCGCAAAGUUCGCAAGUCAAGAAGGCGAGAUUUGAGUUCGCGAAUACCUCAUCCAUUUGAAAGGUGCAACAUUGGGCGACAGCGAACCAUCUCAACUCGAACGCGCGACCGCUCUCUCCCUCUCCCUCUCUCUUGACGCACAAUCAUUCGUGCCCAUCAUGGCGCCAAAGAAAGAUAUCGAAGGCUCGGCAUCGACCGAGCGUCGAGUUUCGGCCAGAAUCGCUUCUCAACCUCCAGCAUCCGCUGGAAAAGACAAGGCCGCUGCAGCGAGUGCGAUCGCGGGCAAGAAACGCGCUUCCGAAAGUGGCGAGGCGCAGGAAAGCAAAGCCAAGAAGACUGCCGAGCUUUCGGCUUCCAAAAGGGCGAAGCAUGAUGAAAAGUCCACGAGCGACGCCAAACCUGCUUCCAAAUCCAAGGCGACAAAGGCGCGAGCGCCACAGCCACUUCCAGAAUCAGGGACAGAGGACAAGCCAAAGCCAAAGCCGAGCUCCAAGUCUGAGAAGAAGACGAAUGGCACAGCUGCUGCUGCUGAUGCUGCUGAGUCCAAGGCGAGCAGCGGCAAGACGAAGCUCGAAGUCGGCGACAAGCUGCCGGAAAUCACGCUCAAGGAUGAAGCUGGCAACGAUGUCAAGCUGUCCGCUCUCAAGAAGGCCGUCAUCUUCGCGUAUCCAAAGGCAAACACGGGAGGCUGCACCAAGCAAGCUUGUACUUAUCGCGACGACUACAGCAAAUUUCAGAAGCUCAAAGUGUCGGUCUAUGGUCUUAGCAACGACAACGCCACUCCCUUGAAGAACUGGAAAGAGAAAAAUUCAUUUCCCUACGCUCUGCUUUCGGACCCAGAGCGCAAGCUCAUUGGAGCUUUAACUGGCUCAAAGUCCUCGACCGCCCGCAGCCAUUUCGUCGUCGAUGGCCAAGGCCGCCUCGCGCUCUCCAGCGUCGGUGUCAAGCCAGGAGAGAGCUCAGCUAGCGCUUACGAGGCUGCACAGAAGCUUUGAUUGCACGUCAAGCCAUCCCAAGCCUCUUUCGCAUUGGACUUGCCAUUUACGACUUCGUAUUGCCCUACGCAGAAUCAAGUGAUGAUAGCAAGUGAUGCAAUGUCUAGAUUAGCUCAGCGAUCCGCUCCGUUCAAGCCUGCUUAGCGCUUCAGCUGCGUGCGAUCUAGCUUCCCGCAAUCCAUUAUCGUCGGCUCGCUUGUAAG